GAUUCGAAUACAAAAGCCAAUGAAAAUACGAAAACGUGCUUCAGGAACUGAAAGUUAUCAAACUUGAAGUUGAAAACUAUAGAAAAACUGCAACCCGACUUUUACAGGAAAAUAAAAUUAUGAAAAAUGAACUUGAUAAACUUCACGUGAACGAACGGAUUCAAGCGAAAAUUAUUGCAGGCAAGAUGCUAAAACGAUCAAAAAGAGAUGAACCAACCUGCCCUUUUAGUCAAAACCAAACUCCGGUUGCAUUCACCGCCUACUUGGACCAUCGCAUCACCAAUCUUGGUGCCGACCAGGCGAUUGUUUACAACAAAGUUCUUCUGAAUCAGGGCGCGGCGUACAAUGUAUACAACGGUGUGUUUACAGCUCCGAAAUCUGGGGUUUACAUAUUUUCAUGGUCUAGUGAUGCUAGAAAAAUCGGGGCAACAUUUGAUAUUUGGGUAAGCUUAGUUGUCAACGCAUCAACACAGACAACAGUUGUUGCUGAAAGCCGAGACGCGGUAUAUGAUCAUUAAGGUAGCAUUACUGUCAUCAUUCAUGUUAACAAGGGUGACAUUGUUUGGACAAAACGACUAUCCGGUGGCGGUGCGGAGAUUCAUUCCGAGCCAGAAAGAAGGGUUAGCAGUUUUACAGGGGCUUUGAUCUUUGAAGACGAUGUACCAAUAUGUUAAAAAUA